AUGGCGCCGACAGCGCGAGAAGCAUUAAAGAGUACUAGUGAAAUAACCUGCAAAUAUUGCGAAAGAAAAGUUGUGAAUCCCAUAAAAUGUGUAAAGGGCAAUGAGUUAUUCCAUCCAUUCUGUUUAAUCCAGGCCGGAUCCCUUAAAAAAGCUUUAUGUAAACAUGUGGCUGAAGAAUCAGAAGAGGCUGAAUCAUCAAAUAAUGAUGUAAUUUACUUACUCAGGAUAAUAAGAGAACUGGAAGAAAAGAAUGUAUUGUCCAAAAACUCCAAGGCAAACCCUCGCGCUGUGGCUUCAAAUUCAAUCGCUUUAACGAGUAAAAGAGUUAAUUCCAAACGUAAAAGAAAGGAUGAUAUUCUUGAAAAUAUUUGUGGUAGCAGCAUUGAUUCUAAAGAGGAGCCGUGUAUCGAUAGUGAUAAUGAAUAUGAGCCUAAUUUAGAUAGUGAGUCUAGCGAUAAAGAUAUAAAUGAAAAUUUGUUUGAAAAAAUUGAAAGUUGCUCAAACAUUGAACCCGAUUUAAAUAAUAAUAAUAAAGUACAAGUUCAAAAUGCACUAACAUGUGAUUUGUCCCUAAAUUGGAGUAAAACACCUUUUAAUCCUACCAUACAUGCAUUUGACGUUACAGAUUCAGAAGCACAUGUGGAGUCCAUAGGUCAAGUAAUCGUUUCCAAACCAGAAGAAAGACUAUGCUUUCCAUAA